AUGAAAUACCUUGAAAACUCGACGCUCGAAACGGUGGCAUCUUCGAUUAGCUCUGGCGCGAUGGACUGCUACAUCGAUUUCAAAAUUGAGUCUUACUCGCGUAAAAUGGUGUCAAGCGACAAAAAGCAAUGGAAAACCCACGAUAAGAAUGGGCCAUGGACUGAAAGACAGCCGCUUUCACCACCGGACGAUUUUACAGGUCUUAGCGCCUCGCCCGUGGCAACCAUUGGCCACGCAGCUCGUCUACGACACCUCUCCGAAAGAAGUUGCUCAGGAUCCGACAACGACUUCGAAGAGAUAAAUUUGGUUGACUCGGUAUCUCGGAAAACGCUUUACGACAUGGUUCAACUUUUGAAUUCAGCAUUUCCUGAUUACGACUUUACCGAUGUCAAAAGUGAAGCGUUUUCAUUAAUUAAUUACGAGGAUGUGUGCGACAUUGUAGACGCGAAAUUGGCAACAUGUGUACAUAAUUACAAAUCAAGAAAGGACGAAUUAUGGGGUGUUGUUGAAGAUACGAUAAAUCCAAACGAAUGCAGAAUUUACAGCUUCAAAUCGCAAUUCGCCGACGACCCAUUCAACGAGGAUGGAUGCAUCUGGAGUCUUGCAUUCAUUUUCUACAACAAACCGCUCAAACGUUUUUUGUUGCUCACUUGUCGCUGUCUCUCGAAAUUGACCGACAUCGAUUCUUUCGAUCAAUUGUGGGAUAUCGAUGAAAUGAACGAAAAUCAGUAG